AUGGAGGCACUACUCUCUCUCGCCUUCGACAACCUCUCCUCCUACGACCAAGGCAAGAUCCGUAAAGGAUUGCGCCAAGUCGAAGGGCUCCUCGCCCAGAUAUGCCUCUCGACAACCUCAGCAUCGCCGAAGAGCGCGGCGGAGAAACGACGCUCGAUCAUCGACCCCGGAAAGGAACCGCCGCCAUUGAAGGCGCUCAGCGAAUUAGGCGGCGAUCCUGCAUUCCGGGAGUUCUUCAAGUUGCAGGAUGGAUUCGAGUGGAAUGUGGCCAUGCGCUUGGUCAACUGUCUAGAUCGGUUGCUAGGGAAGUCGCAUGAUGGGCAGAAUGACCUAUUGAUUAUCCAGACGCUGGAUCUGAUUCAGGGCAUAUUGCUGUUACAUCCCCCAUCGCGCAGCUUGUUUUCGCGGGAGUUAUAUAUGAAUCACCUCCUCGACCUCCUCGAACCUGUCAACUGCCCUGCGAUCCAAUCCGCAACCAUCAUCACAUUGGUCUGCGCCCUGAUCGAAACUCCGGCAAACACCCGCACGUUCGAAAACCUCGAAGGUCUUUGGACCAUAACCUCGAGCUUCAAAUCGCGCGAAACAACCCGGGAGGUGAAGCUCAAGCUCGUUGAAUUCCUAUACUUCUACCUCAUGCCCGAGACUCCUUCUAUACCCUGCGCGAACUCAACCGUCUCCGUCCCCGCAAUGUUACAGCGCAGUCCGAGCAAGUUAGCAGGCGCUUUCAAUCGAACAGAUACAGGGGCCGGUAGGAAAAGAUCCGAUAGCGAGACCGAGGUUACUAGAACGACCGAGGAGAAGCAGGCUCUUCUAGGCAGGUUUCUAAGUAGUGUGGAUGAUCUGGUGGCAGACUUGAGGGAAAGUACGCCUUUUGGAGGCGCAUUGUCAUAA